AUGUCGACACAAAUCGGAAUGGGGGCGUGCUGCCUCUCCGGCUCCGUCCACUCCGGUACCCCCAAAGGCCGCGAAGACAACCUCGGCGGCCUCGACGUCUAUGUCACCGAGCCAGAGGACAAAUCGACCGCCAAAUCCAUCGUCUUCAUCACCGACAUCUUCGGCUGGAAAUUCAAGAACGUCCGCCUGCUCGCCGACAACUACGCCAAAGCCGGCUUCACCUGCUACAUCCCCGAUGUCCACCAAGGCGACUCCCUUCCCGAGGAAUUUCUCCAGUCCGUCGAACCACCCCUGAAGGUCCGCGAGCAGGAGGGCGUGAUCGACAAGGCAAAGGAGACCGUCGACAUAAUGGCCACACUUGGUCCGUGGCUUGCCAAGCACCGCGAGGGUGUGUCGGAGCCGCUCAUCAGCGGCUUUGUGAACACUAAGGUCGGCGCCAUUGGUUUCUGCUGGGGUGGACGAUAUGCCAUCUUGCAGACACACAGCCCGCGUCCCGAGGGCACGGUCGGUGGCGUCGAUGCUGCGUUUGCGGCUCACCCAAGCUUGCUGUCCAUUCCAUCCGACUUUGAGGCCGUAAACAAGCCGUUGAGCAUCGCUGUUGGUACCAAGGACAGCCUGCUUGAUCAGAAGAGCAAUGAGCAGAUCAAGGAGUUCUUGGACACCAAGAAGAAGGAUGUCCCAUCGGAGGUGCGGUAUUAUGAGGACCAAGUCCAUGGAUUUGCGUUGCGCAGCGAUUGGAGCUCCGAGAAGGACAAGAAGGCUAUGGAUGACGCCGAGAAGCAGGGCAUCGACUGGUUCAACAAGUACCUGUCGUAG